UCAGCGACGUUAUGGGCCUUAGCUCCCUGGUGUCCAGCUCACCAUUUCCCAUACCGCAACAGCACCGGCUUCCAUACCGUGCUCCGCCCUGGUACCUCACACCCUUCUUCCCAGGAGACGCGCACGAAAAAUGCGGCGCGUUCAGCGGGCGUAAUGUUCAAGCACCGCUGCAUCACAACGCACCGUCGCAGCUAUUGUCUACCAACACCGUUUCGGGUCGUUUCUAUGCACGCUUCUUCCUCAGUGUACGCGCCGGCGGACAAAGGCGGCGGCGGUGCGAUGCGGCGGUCAGGAAAAGCUUAAAUCCGCUCUCUCUCCCUGGACUGAUUCUCUCAACUCUCAUCCCUCUAGUCCUGUGCGUUGUGCGUUCUCUGUCCUGGGAAAGAGCUUGACUCGAACGCGCGCGACCAGCAGUGACUCACAACGUCCGACGUUUACUCAUCGCUAAAUUUCCAUCCUACCGCCGCACCAUCACUCCAUCACGGAACCAAGUCAUGCACUCUUCACCGACUAUAAAAGCACAGGGCGGCACAGGGGCCCGCCAGUCACACUCUUUCCCCCUCCCUCAUUUCGCUCCCCGUGUGCCUACCCAGCACUCGCUCAAACCGCGCUACUCCCCUUGGCCUACUACACCAGAGGAGGAAAGCAUGGACGCACAGUGGGCGCAAUGGUAUGCACCUUAUCUCCAACAGCUGGGCACGUAUGGCUGGGUUUGGGAUGGGAAGCGCUGGAAUUGGGGCGCCCAGCGCGUGGAGUGGUUCCCCAUGAAGACCGAGGAGACGUGGUUGGACAGGGGGAUCGACCCGCGACUUAUUUACCGCUCUCCCUCGCCCGAAACGGAAGAAACCGUCUCCUCCCCCUGCACUCAACGGUCGAGCUUGCUAGACUCCCCAGAUGGGUCCAGUCAAUCCUCCCUCCCUCCUUCGCUGUUCGACUUUGGGAGCGAAGAUGAGGAGGAGCUGGAGACUCGGAUGAACGAGUGCUUCACUACCCCCCCAACUGAGUAUGAGCAGAGAGGCGGGAAGAGAAAGUACCUCGAGGAGCUUGGUUCGGAGGGAAGCGAGGAUGGAGAUGAUGAAUGCGACGACCAGGAUCUAAAUUAUACGAAACCGAAACCACCCAAACGCCCGCGUCUUUCCAAGCUGUCAGGCAAGAGACGCCCACAACGUCGUCGUCCUCCCCCCUCGAGGGAUGUCAAGCCUCGCGCUAUCCGCCGACUGGUAGCUCAUCCCCCCCCUGUCCGCCCACAAAAGGCCAUCCACGAACAAACCGAGGUCGUCUUCUCCUGCCCGUACCACCUCUCUUCCACCCCACAUCUCACAUGCGGCGCCUGCUUCAGCAGCGAAACGGACGUGAGGCGCCACGCUGCCACGCACCUGGCCAAAGAAUACUACCAGCAGCUCAACUCCUCUUUACCUGCCGAAAACUACAUGUUCGCUGGUCUGGCCCCGAGGUUCAUCUACUGCUCACACACGUGGUGUAGUCGGCCGUUCCUGCGAAAAGACGCGCUCCCAAGACAUAUGGCUGGCUCAUGCUUGUGCAUAGCAGACCGUAGCAAGAAGGGCAAGAAGGAGCGGCUCGAGCAAGCACGCGCGCUCGUCCUGCGGGGAAAAGAGCACUGGGUGCACACCCCAGCUCGUAUGCCCCAUUCCGUCGAGGCAGUCACGGCCAAAGUCGAAGGGCAGCAAAAGAGGGUCAUCACGCGUAUUGUGAGGGUUCUCAGUACCUAUGGGGACUCGUUUGAUAUUAAGCGGGUUAAGGAUGGUGAGGAGAUGGAGGUGUGGUGGGCCCGUGGGAAGGGGAAGGGGAACUAUAAGGUCUUCGAGCGUGCGCUGGACGAGUGAAGUGGUUUUGGACUUUUUGCUGUGCUAUGGCCUUUCUGGCCUAAUAAAAUGUAGAUAAAGGAAAGAUAACUAAUUACAUCUUCUGACAGCUAUUUAUAGUCAAAUCCUUGACAUUAAUAUUAUAAU